AUCAGUGGUAUAUUUUACAUUCUACAGGAGUUGCUUGUGAAAUUGAUUGAAUUUUAUUUUUUAGAUAUUUAUUUAUUCAUGAAUGAUGGAACUGUUUUUACUUUUCAGAAAUUUUUAAGUGUACAUAACUGUGUGUGUGUUUUUGCAAGUCUUAUAAUAACUGCUUUAUUGUUUUCGAAGUUUCACAGCGCGUGUUGUGUGUCAAAUGCAUUGUUUUGAGUUGGAUACCUAGUGAUUAAAAUGCCAUUUAAUUUUAUCGUCUUAAUGAAAUCUCCUAAAUUUUGGUAUAAUUGAUUAUAUGUCCUUUUCGGGGACUCUAGGUUGUGAAAUGGUAUUUUAAUUUAGUAAAACUAUUGUAUUUCUGUUUGGUGUUCUAAUUAUGGAUAACAGAUUACCUAUGGCUAAUAGUUUGCCUCCUCGACCGCCAGUGUUUCGAGGCUAUCCUCCGAUACAAAGACCAAUUAUACCUCUCGGACUUGAAACUCUUUAUACUAUAUGCAGACAAAUAUAUCCUGAUCAGCCAAAUCCUCUCCAAGUUGCAGCUUUGGUUAAAUAUUGGCUUGGAGGACCAGAUCCAUUAGAUUAUAUUAGCAUGUACUCUAAUCCAGGAAAUACGUCGGCCGACAUUCCUCCACAUUGGCAUUACAUUAGUUUUGGCCUUUCUGAUCUUCAUGGAGAUGGCCGUGUCCAUGAAAUUUCAGGUGUGGGUACCCCAAGUGGAUUCGGCUUUGAGUUGACUUUUCGACUGAAAAGAGAACCAGAAGAGAAAGUUCCGCCUACAUGGCCAGCAGCUAUUAUGCAAGCUCUUGCAAAAUAUGUUUUCCAAUCAGAAAAUACUCUUGUUGCUGGUGAUCAUGUUUCAUGGCAUUGUCCUUUGGAUAAUAGUGAAUCAAGAAUUCAGCACAUGCUCAUGUGUGAAGACCCACAGCUCGGUACUGUGCAAACUCCAUUUGGAUCAGUCACAUUUAUACAAAUCGUUGGUGUGUGCACUGAAGAGUUACAGGCAGCUCAAGGCUGGAAUGGACCUGGCAUCAUUGAUCUCAUGAAAACAGUCAAAGGUCUUGGUGGACCUUGGCUUGUGACUGACAUGAGGCGAGGAGAGACUAUGUUUGAACUUGAUCCAAAUGUCCAAGAAGCUGUGGAUCAUGGUGUCGAGACAGAUGGUUCAAACCUCAGUGGUGUUAGUGCUCGCUGUACUUGGCAAGAAAAAAAAUUAACUCCAGUUGAUGACAGUGAAGAGGCAGAUUUAGAAAGAGGAUUUGCCCAGAUAUCUGUUCAAGAAUCAGAACAAAUCAAAGCUACUCUGAAGAAAGGUCUCCUAGGCACAAAAUCAGUCUUGCCUCCAAUUAGACCUGGAAGUAACAGCAGUCGAUAUUUUGGUAUGCCUGGAACGGGAGACCAGAAUGAAGGAGCGUCGCGAAAGGAAUCUUAUGAUAGCAACAUGAAUAGUGAAAUUGCUUCACCUGAAUUAUUACAGACCAAGUUCCUAGAAAGUGUGCACAUCCAGUUCAAUUUGGAAGCUGGAACAAUAUUACCUCUAGCUCUUAGAGGAAGGCUGAAACAUGGUCGGCAUUUUACAUUUAAAAGUGUGGUUGGGGAUGUUGCCAUUACACUUGUCCCACUCAGUGUGUCUGGUGCAUUUGUUGAUCUUGAGCAUCCUUAUGCAGCUCAUGGACCAUGGUUACAAGUGCUUCUAACAGAUGAGAAUAUUGACCACAUGCUGGAUGAUCUGGUAGCUAUGUCCGAAUCGGAUGCCUUAUCUUUUCCCAAAACAUUUGAAUGGUGCAACAAAAGACUCAUGGUUACACUUAUGCAUGAGGAUUAUUAGUCUGGAUUGAAUAAAUAAUCAAAAUAUUAUGGUUGAAGGCUAUAUUAAAAAAUUAGAUAGCAAGUAAUAUUUUAGGGCAGAAUCCAUUAAUUUUACAUUCUUAAAUAAUAUGUUGGAAAGUCAAAGUGAUUGUGUCAUUAUUCAACACAUUUCCUUUGACUUAUUUAAUUGAAAUCCAUUUUAUGUGUUAUGAAAUGCUAUUAUAUUUGCCCAUACUUCAUAAAUUGAUUUAUGAAGCACAGCAUAAACUAUAUUUUCAUCGAUCAUUUAUUUGCAAAAUCUUUGUACAGAGAUUUAAUGCAUGCCUUUUAAAAAUGUAAGAAGUAAUUUUAAAAUUUUCUUAAGUUUGUAGCUGUAUUCAUUGACAGAAUCUUCACUGUUUUUAAGUU